GACCGUGGAUAGACAUACCGCGUGAAAUAAUACCUUCCGCCAUCCUUCAGGUCUUUCUCCCAGUCGUCUGAUUCCUUGACCUGUAAUCCACAGUCUCUAGUCUGACGCAAGGAACUUUUGACUUGGAGACUCACUCUGAGAAAGCCAGCUUUCUCUAAACGGACAGUGGCCUGUUGAACUGCAUGAAAGGGUGUUGGAGAUGCAUUAACAAAGCUGAGAAACCUAUUGGCUGCCUCAGGGCCGGUAUUGCGAAUCAUCAUGGUUUGAAGAGAACGACAGGAGAGGCGCGUCGCUUUGAAGCCACUGAUGAGAGGGGCUCGCCUGCACACUGCAUGCUGCAACGCGACCAUGGAAGCUCUUUAGCACCCGUGGGAACACCGAAAAUUCUGCAAAGUCUGGCUCUGAUUGGCUGCUGAAGCGCUGAAGCGUCUGCAUCCCUUUCUCUGCGUACCACCAUGGUCCAAAGCUACUUAAGACACGGCCCUACAGAGGCCUUCGGUCUCAUUUGUAGCGCGUCUUCAAAUUCGUACUAUGACGGUAAACUCGCCUACGUGCCUGCUUUGGAAGAUGUCUUGGUCUGGGACGUGAAGAAGGGACAAAUGUUGUCCAUGUGGCACGAAACAGGUCACCGAGCUGAAGUAACUUGCAUUGCUCGUUCACCACAGAAGGAUACCUUUGCUGUUGGUUAUGCGGAUGGCUCUGUCAGGCUCUGGAGUGCAUCAUCAUCUUCUGUCAUUGCGACAUUCAAUGGCCACAAAAAGUCUAUUUCUGCGCUUGCUUUCGAUCAAGCAGGCGCAAGACUCGCUUCAGGAUCUCAGGACACUGACUUGAUUUUAUGGGAUGUGGUUGCUGAAGCUGGUCUAUUCCGAUUACGUGGUCACCGAGACCAGAUUACUGCAAUCCAAUUUAUUGAAGUAGUAUCUUCUUCGGCUCCUUCGACGUCAACCGGUUCCUCUACUGGUUUCCUCAUCACAUCAUCUAAAGAUACCUUCCUGAAGCUAUGGGACCUAUCCACUCAACAUUGUGUGCAAACUGUGGUUGCGCAUAGGUCAGAAAUUUGGACGUUGGCUGUUGACCCAGAUCAGACACUUGUAUUCACCGGAAGUGGUGAAGGUGAAAUGAAAGCUUGGAAGUUGGACCAUGACGUUAUGGCUUCCGGGUUGCACGAGACUGAGUCUGGCGAGGUGUCCAAAAUGAUACACCCAAUCACGACACUUCCGCUGUCUUCUCGCCACCGCGUCUCCCAAAUUACCUUCCAUCCCACUAAACCUUACCUCGCUGUCCAAUCUCAUGACCGCUCGGUCGAGAUCUUUAGGAUACGUACGGAAGAGGAAGCCCGUAAGAAGCUAGCUAGGCGCAAAAAGAGAGCCAAGGAAAAGAAGGAGCAAGCUAAAACCAAAGGAAAGAACAAAAGUCAGGAAGAAGAUAACGUCGAUGAGCAGGAUGAGGAAUCCGAUGAGAUCAAAUUGGUUGACUUGUUCACGCCAUAUGUCGUUGCUCGUGCCAGUGGCAAAAUUAGGUCCUUCGACUUCGCUGAUGAGGAACACGGCGGCAAGGGGAAUGUACAGCUGUUCAUGGCUCUCUCUACCAAUGCUCUCGAGGUGUAUAAUAUACCCCCACCAGCCAAGUCGAAGGAUGAAACUCCGGAAGCCAACCGUGUUCUCUCUGUAGAUCUUCCUGGUCAUAGAUCGGACGUCCGGACACUUUGUUUAAGCUCGGACGACAUUCUUUUGGCGUCAGCAUCUAAUGGCUCCCUGAAAGUGUGGAACAUGAAAACUACAGCGUGCAUACGGACAAUGGAAUGCAGCUUUCCGAUAUGUAGUACAUUCCUCCCCGGUGACAGACAAAUUGCCGUGGGUACCAAGGAUGGGGAAAUCCUGAUAUACGACGUUGCUUCAUCUACGCUCGUCGAGACGAUCAAAGCACAUGAAUCAACUGUGUGGUCGAUUCACGUCCGAGCGGACGGACAGGCUCUGGUCAGUGGUAGUGCGGACAAGGAUGUCAAAUUCUGGGAGCUGGAACAGAAGGCAGCCGACAGUGAGAACCCUCAUGCCGCCAGAUUACUCACAUUGGUCCAUGUCCGAACGUUGAAGAUGACCGACGACGUUCUUUCCGUACGGUACAGCCCUAAUGGAAAGCUUCUCGCGGUUGCGUUGCUCGAUUCUACCGUCAAAGUCUUCUAUCAAGAUACGUUGAAGUUCUUCCUCUCGCUGUACGGUCAUAAGCUUCCUGUCCUCUCCAUGGACAUUUCAGCCGACUCCAAGCUCAUUGUCACAUGUUCUGCGGACAAGAACGUGAAGAUCUGGGGUCUCGACUUCGGUGACUGCCACAGGUCGAUAUUCGCCCAUGACGAGAGCGUCAUGCAAGUGGCUUUCGAGAAGAAUGACGUUCGGGAAUUGGGAGCCAAGCCUACACAUUAUUUCUGGACAGUGGGCAAGGAUAAACUACUGAAGUACUGGGACGGCGAUAAGUUCGAGAACAUCCAAAAGCUAGACGGACACCAUGGCGAGAUCUGGGCCUUGGCUGUCAGUAAUGCUGGCAAGUUCGUAGUCACAGGUUCACACGACAAGUCCAUCCGUGUUUGGGAGAAACUGGAUGAACCACUUUUCCUUGAAGAAGAACGUGAACACGAACUCGAGCAACUGUACGAAACCGGCAUUGCAGAUGCCAUGAAUCGUCCCGAAGCAGCCAUCGGUAGCGGUGUAGACGGCGCACAACCUACGGACGCCAACGCGGCUGAAGUUGGCGCGGUCACAAAGCAGACUACCGAAACCCUAAUGGCUGGUGAACGUAUCAUUGAAGCUUUGGAUCUCGCCGAGGGUGAACUUGAGACGUUCCGCGAAUAUGAAGAGAUGAAGACCAAGGGUGGUUUGGGCGAACAGAUCGCGCCUCCACCGAGGAACCCCGUGUUGGCUGCUUACGAUGUUGAACCGGAGCAGUAUGUGCUUAUGGUUGUCGAGAGGAUCAGCGGGACUGCUCUUUACGAUGCACUUCUGGUGUUGCCUUUUGGCAAAGUCCUGGUAUUCAUGAAGUUUCUGAACUAUUGGGCACAGAAGGAGUGGAACUUGGUCUUGACAUCCCGUAUUAUCUUCUUCCUACUGAAGACGCAUCACCACCAAAUCGUCGCCAAUCGCGUCAUGCGUACCGCACUCAUCCCUCUUCGCAAACAUCUUCGUGACGCUCUUCGUAAGCAGAAAGAUACCCUCACUUACAAUCUCGCCGCACUCCGAUAUAUCAAGAGGCAGAGUGACGCUCAACUUACAGCGGAGUUCUUCGAGGAGGAGAUGGACGAGGACAAAAUCAGAGAACGUAUUGCAGAAGGCAAGAAGCGGAAACGAGUCAACAUCAAGGCAUAGAAUCCAGUCCCAGAUCUAGAGUCUGAUUGAAAAGUACAGUAUGCUACAUUUCCAGUGGUAAUACAGUGGGUAUGCGUCCAUAGUCCGUGGUGCGCCCGUCAAAGAGAUGUGGUAUAUAGUACGUACAGUACGUGCGUGGUUCCGGCCAUGCACUUGUGAGUGCCUCAAGCUUUUGGUCCCCACAGGUUCUCUAGCCUGUGGGU